AUGUUCUCCGCUCGAAACGCUGGCCUUAUGGCCUGCGCAUGUUCCACUGGAGCGCUGUUUGUCUGCCUAUUCUACGUUCCAGCAUUGGUGAUGAAAAUUCAAAAUAUCAAUGAUCAGCUGCGUAUCGAUUCGGACGAGUUUCGCGUCAUGGCCGAUAUGACAUGGACAGAACUCUGCGAAAGCAGUCGCCUACCUGAAGCUUCUGGAUUCAAGCCAAAGCGCUGUGUCGAAUCAAAACUUUAG